CACGCGCACACACACACACACUCACAAAUACACUCACACUCAAUCCCCGUUGAUAGCCACUGCCAUCCGGCUUCCAUCGCCAAUAUCCCUACGCACAAACAACAGAACCAGCAUCACUCUUAUUGUCUCCUCAGUUCUUUUUCCCGACCCUCUCAUCUCCAUAUUUCAUCGUGACUGCUCAGCGUGGUUGACGUAUCACCCUACGCAUGUCCGCAAUGCCAGAUUCCAAGUAUUGCAGUCACUGUCAGAAAGACCGUCCGAUGACCCUCUUUAUGGGCAUCAACCACAGCCGGAACGCAAAGAAACCCGGCGAGAUGGACAUCUUGCGCACCUGCAAUGAAUGUCGGACGAAAGCGGCCAAGAAAGUGCACGCAUCACGUUCGGGAAGGAGCACGUGUUCGGGCAGGAGCACACGUUCUGGUAGGAGCACAACCGCCCAGCGGAGCGUGACGACGGAAGCCCCUGAUGUUGUCCCGGUUAGAAAGAGGGGUCGUCCCCGUCGGAACCCGCUCCCCGUCCAGAACGAUGGCGGAGAAGCAGACGAAUCCAGUGAUGAGCCUGCGCUCAAAAAUAAGCCUCUUGCGAAAGAAGAAUCAUCGUCGACGACGGACGAAGAUGUAUCGCAAAAGGGGAAAGGCAUCGCUGGAACCAGCGAGACAGACACACCUGACGAAACUCCACGGCAGCUUAGGGCCACUACGAUGAGAAAGCCGUCUGCAGCAGCGUCAGAGGUCAAGCGUCGCCGCAUGGGCAUCAACCUAUGCAACGUCAACGCUGCUGUGAAGCGCGUCAUCUCCGAGUCCCCUCCAGCCGGCGGGGCGACGCCAAGCGGUUUGGAAGAGAUCGACUCCUCCGCCGAUCGUCAGACCGCCUACACGAUUAGCAGUGAUUCGGACAGCGAUCAUGACCACCAGGACACAGCUAGAACUACUCAGGUAGUCAGGAGGAUGUCAUUACGCGCCCGUUCUAGUCGGCCUGCGAGCGGUACCAACCAUACGCACGAGGGUUCCGAAGUACACUCGCCAAAGAAGCCUGCGCAAUCAACGCUUCCGGCUAGCCGUGACCCAACCCUGAAGGGCGCCCAGGUUUCAGUACCAACAAGCAAAACUUGUGCCGGCGCCACCUUCUCCCAAGAACGAUCCAAAUCGCAAGUUGCGCGUCUUAAGCGCCGCGCCACCUCUCCCAUGGGUCGCACUCCUUCCCGUUUCCUCAGCGCCGCCGCUAUCGAGCACAAAACUUUAGCUUCUCCCAGCGAAGCCUCAUCUCCCGUCGAAAACCAGGGAUCGCCCGCCUCCGAAGCCGCGCAAGGCCCAUACCGUGCCUUUUCGACCGCGCGCCAACUGGCCACCCGCGAACUUCUAGACUUCACCUCAAAUCUGGAGCGCCUCGUCCGCAUAUUGGACACUGCCGCCAAGUCUCUCCCAGUCGAGAAGUUGGUGAUACUACAGAAUGAGAUCCGCCAUGAUUGGCGUGUUGACGAGAUGGCGACUUUCGUCGAGGGGUAUUACAGGGGCGCUACUAUGUAGGCGGAGCAUGAGGCGCAGGUUGUUGAUACUUGGCCAGCGGGUGGCAGAGGGGAAAUGGGGGCGGCCACUGCUGGGAAAAGGGAAGUUACCGAGUGAGGAGAUGUGCGAGAUGUAUUUUUACGAGUUAAUUUGGUCGCUGCUUUCUACUUUCUGCUUUCUGCUUUCUGCUUUCUGUUAUUAUUAAUGUUGUCUUUGAACUCGUCGCUGUAGUGCAUGGGGCCUGAUAGUCACUUACUUAGAAUUUUGUUAGCAAUUCAGUUGGUGCUGUUCUGCAAGUUUGGCAAUGGUAGCGACGAACCGGAGGUCCGCCGAAGCCGUUUCCUGCGCGUAGUUAGGUCUUAAUAGGAG